CAGCGAUGCCGGGUUCGGCCAUUUUCAGAUAAUUGCUGCUCGAUUGUGUAGCUUGAAGAAAGAAAGGGACGAGAAGGGGUCUUUCUUUAUUUUACAUCUAUUCUUCUUGGAUAUUCGGCGCAAUGUCAGGAAGCUUGGGAACCUGCGCCGCCUGUCUGCGCCGUGCGUUGCAGGCGUCGACUCGCAGCAGAACCGGCAUCCUUCCAGCUGCUCCCCUGCAGACCAGCAGGCGAUAUGCCUCUUCGGUAGCAUCUGCAAUCACUGAACGGACCGAUGCUCCACGGACCCUCAUCUUAGAGCCGGCCGAUUCUGAAGUCUCCAAGAAGAAGAACCAAGAGCGGCUGGAGCGAAUCGUCAAGAAAGAGCUGGCGCACAUGAAUACGAAUGAUCCUUGGAAGAUUGCCCAAUAUGUGGAAAAUGCGCUCGCCACUGACAGAUUUGAAGAGGCCUUGCUUUUGACAAAGACUGCCGGCAAAGACCAACAGGUUGUUGUGGCCUGGAAUCACCUCAUCGGCUAUCUGCUGGGCAAGCAGCGGCUGCGGGAAGCUAUCAAGCUAUACAAUGAUAUGAAAAAACGAGGCCAGCUGCCCAAUGUCCAGACAUUUACAGUCAUAUUCCGGGGCUGUGCCCAAUCGCAGCACCCCAAGAUUGCGGUUGCUGAAGCUGUCAGGCUAUACAAUAUCCUUCUCAGCGAUAAGCGUCUGCAGCCCAACUCAAUACACAUGAACGCCGUUCUCAACGUUUGCGCAAGAGCCGGCGACCUCGACUCCAUGUUCCUCAUCGCCGAUACUGCCAACGAAUCCACCCGUGCCCCUACGUCGUAUACCUACACCACCAUCUUGAAUGCCUUGAGAUUUCAGGCAAUCCGCGAUGGAGAAGUAAAGGAUAUAACGCCGGAGCAGCAAGCCGCAAAUAUGCAAAAGGCUGUGGAUCGCGGAAAGAGCAUUUGGACUGAAGUUAUUGACAACUGGAGACAAGCCCGGCUGGUCAUCGAUGAAGAGCUGGUGUGCUCCAUGGGUCGCUUGCUCCUCCUCGCGCCUAAGAGGGAAGAAAAGAGGGAGGUGCUCAAUUUGCUAGAACAAACCAUGAGCAUCCCCAACCUGGCCAAUGACACCACCAUGGAUGCAUUCCAGGACUCCGAGAUGAAGAAAAUCUCUGUUACUGGUGCUGCGAAGAAGGUGCCUUCGUCUAGAGCAGUGUAUGCCAUCCCUAGCCGAAAUACCCUGGCCUUGGUCUUGACGACUUUGGCCUCUUCAAAGCUCACCACAUGCGGCAUCAAAUACUGGAAUCUCCUGGUCCGCCAUUAUGGCAUCAUACCGGACAACGACAACUGGCUCCGCAUGUUUGGUAUGCUCAAAGUUGCCAAGGCCAGCGCUCACGCCUCCUCAAUCCUAAGCCUCGUUCCCGACGAAUUUAUCGAUGCCAAGCACUACGAGAUCGCCAUGGAGACGUGUGUCCGCGACAACAUCAACCCCAACGCCAUUGCCAAUUCAAACCGAGUGCUAGAGUCUAUGCUUGAGCGCCUCCCUGUCCCGGGCUUGCACGCUCUUCGUAUGUACUUACGGGUUGCCCUCGUCAGCCACUUUCAGUUCCGCGAAAGAGUCCAGAAGGGCGACGAAGAAGGCGCUAAGCGUGACUAUGGGCUGCAGAUAACAACUGCCCUCGCACAUCUAUGGGAGCCUUAUAAAAAGGUUCACUACCACUUCUUUAAAGAGAGCUCUAAAAGCAACGAUUCUAGCCCAGGAGCAGUGUACAACAGCCAACGCGAGGUCAUUGCCUUGGCUCGUCUCAUGUUUAGCGCAUUCAACAAGGUUAUCAACGAGAAGAUGCUUCCGGAGAAGGACGCACAGGAACUCCGCUCGGUUGGCGCAAAGAUUAACCGCGAGAUUCAAAAGUUCUACUCGGGCCGUGAGGAGAGAGAGCCCAACUUGCGACAGGCUCGCCGUGGCGGUGCGGACCAGAGGCGAGACGCUGUUGAGCCAGAUGAAGAAGACAACGCGAGUGAAGAGGAUAGGCUUAAUAGUGGAUUUAGGCCGGGAGGCGACUUUGUCUGGAAUACGACAAGGCAAGCGCCAGUAGAUGAGGAGAGGCAGCCCCGGAGACCUUGGGAUGCCAGCAGGACAAGACAAUCGCGAGGAGAAGACGAAAGGCAGCCUAGGAGGUCAUGGGAUGCCCGCAGGCCAAGACAGUUCCAAGCGGAGGAAGAAAGGCAGCCUAGGAGAUAUAGAGAUGCCACCAGGAGGCAGAGGACGUAUUAAAUGUGUACGAUUCAUGAGUGUAUGAUAUAGAGACAACGACCGUUACUGUAUACCAUCAAGCCUCUUGUAAAAAUGGCGAAAUAGGAGGGCCCAGGAGAUAUUCUCGGGUUGGGUCUUUUAAGAAAAUAUAC